AUGAGGAGACAUCGUUCGGGGUCUUCUCCUUCGCCGUACCGGGCGCUUGCAAACCAGAAUGGCGGCGGUCACGGCGCAGGGGGGAUUCCUGACUCCAUGUCAUUAAUCAGAUCUUUCAACGUUGAAGCCACACCGACGAGACCGGUGCGCCCCUCGCCAUUGACGGCUUCAACCAUUCGCGACAUGCCGCUUGACCUGGUCGACCGGAUCAGAUCUUUCCCCUUGUUCCAGUCUGCCUCAGAAGACUUUCUCGCCGCCAUUGGCAACCAUCUGAGGCCGCAGGUCCAUGCAGCCCAAGACACCAUCCUUCACGAAGGUGAAGAUGCCAGAGCCAUGUACUGGAUCGUGCGUGGCGUCGUUGCCGUUACCUCGCGUGAUGGUGAAGCUGUCUUUGCCGAACUCAAGGCAGGUUCCUUCUUUGGCGAGAUUGGCGUGCUCAUGGACGUCCCGCGUACUGCGUCAAUAGUCGCGCGGACCAAGUGUCUUCUCGUCGUUCUCAAGAAGGAGAACCUACAGACUGAGCUGCCACGAUCUGUUCACAACUCCAAAAAACGGAAGUCGCCGAGCCCUGGCGCCAUCGAAGACCCUGCUGCCGGCAGUGCCCUUGGAAGCGGCUUCGUUAAUGUGCGCAAGACGCUCAAAGAAUUCCCUCUUUUCUCGACCCUACCCUCCGACAUUCUGCACUUUCUCGGACUGAGCGCCCAGCCCAAAACAUAUUCACCUUUUACCGACAUUGUACGUCAGGGCGCCCCCGGCAACGAUAUAUUCUUCAUUGUUCGCGGUGAGGCUGAAGUGGUACGUGAGCCUGCCAAAUCAGAGGACCCGUUCAGGAAGAUGCCCAGAGGAUCGUACAUUACCCCGCGGUUAAAGGCAGGACAGUACUUUGGAGAGGUAGCCAGUCUGGGUCUCUCCGAGGGUCGAACUGCCUCUGUACGUUCAAUCACCACUGUUGAGUGUCUCAUGAUCGACGGCGAUGCUCUGGAAGAGCUCUGGAAGAUGUGUCCUCCCGACAUCAAGUUGCAGGUGGAGGAGACAGCUCGAAAGCGAUACAGGAAGACGGAUGAAGAUGUGGAUAUGCAUGAUGUCAACACGGAACAGCAACGAAGCAAGUCUGAUCCUCCGACGCCUACGACUCCGAAAGUCCUUCCUCACGUCACGUUCACCACACCCUCAAAACCUACGUCACCAACAAGGGAAGAUGCCGGAGAAGCCAUGGAACCCAAAGACCCCGACCCUUAUCUGAGUGUCAACAUGGAGAAUUUACGAAAUCGGCGGAGGAAUUCCCUCGCGCCACCGACGCCGCAACCCGAUGCACCGUCACCUAGCGUAUUGAAUGGGAGAUAUCAACCGCUCGACACGACUCCGAUCCGAUUUGGCGUUCCUCAGUGGCCAUCAGAUUCUGAAGAAGUGCCGCCGAAACGAGCCAGGAUCCUGCCCCACCGGCCACUUUCGAUGCAAACACCAUCUCUGCCAGACAAGGUUCUGGUCAGUGCUCUGCAGUUGAUGAGCGUGGGCGAGCUGGUCCGACUUCGGCUCGUGUCAACGCACUGGCGCAAGGUGAUCGAGAAGGACCCCGGAGUGUGCAUUAAUGCAGAUCUCUCCCCAUAUAACCGGAGGGUGACGGAUCAUACCAUCAGGACCGUCAUUGGGCCCUUCUUGGGCAACCGGCCGGAAAUGAUUGAUAUCAGCAAUUGCUUCCAUCUGACCGACGAAGGGUUCAAGUCGCUCUGGGAGCAAUGCGGACGCAAUGUGAAGCGAUGGAGAAUGAGAUCCGUGUGGGACGUGUCGGCCAAUCAGAUUCUGGAAAUGGCCGAAAACGCCAAAGAUCUCGAGGAGGUGGACUGGAGCAACUGCAGGAAAGUUGGUGAUAAUCUCCUGGCUCGGGUUGUUGGAUGGGUGGUGCCAGAACCCCCGCCACCGCCCCCACAGAACAAGCAAGUGGUUAUCUCGAGUUCAAACGCCAGAGGUCGGAACCAGAAGCAACAAACCCGUCCUCCUGCCAACAUUCCCAAACCCGGUACGGUCAUCGGAUGCCCCAAGUUGAAGCAUCUCAACCUUUCGUACUGCAAGCAUAUCACCGACCGCUCCAUGGCUCAUAUGGCCGCACACGCUUCUACGCGCCUGAGGUCACUGUCCCUCACACGUUGCACAUCCAUCACCGAUGCUGGAUUUCAGUCCUGGGCGCCCUUUCGCUUUCUCGGCCUCAAUCGACUGUGCCUCGCCGAUUGCACAUAUCUGUCUGAUAACGCAAUUGUCGCGCUUGUGGGGGCCGCGAAGAACCUGACCCAUCUUGAUCUUUCGUUCUGCUGCGCCCUGUCCGACACGUCUACCGAGGUUGUUGCGCUCGGCCUUCCUCUUCUGCAGGAGCUGCGGCUCGCAUUCUGUGGCAGUGCCGUUUCGGACGCCAGCUUGCAAUCCGUUGCGCUGCACCUCAACGAGUUGCAGGGCAUCUCAGUCCGUGGCUGCGUUCGGGUCACCGGCAAUGGCGUCGAGAAUCUGCUCGACGGCUGUGGACGGCUGACUUGGGUCGACGUCAGCCAGUGCCGCAACCUCGAGGGAUGGAUCCGUACCGGUGGUGUGGCGCGCUGGGGCUUCGACGAGCGAGGCGGAAAUGGCCUGCCGUCGCCCAGUUCCUCUGACGACGGAGACCGGCCAAAGCUCAUGGCGAGGGCUAUGUCGAUGAGCAAAAACUCGAUGGGACACAACGUGGGAGUUCCAGGCCGUACGAUGAGUUUCCGCAGACGAACGAGGAAGCCGGUUCGAUUUAUCGUCGAAAAGGGAACCGGAGUAUUACGGUGA